AUGACACGUGUUCCUCUAGAUCAGAUCACAUGGCAGUUUUUCUUAGAAGCAUUUCAGAAGAAAUAUAUUGGAGAGCAGUUUAUUACUCAGAUGAAACAUGACUUCUUUAAUAUGAUCCAGAGUGGUAAAUCUGUGUAUGAGUAUGAAUGUGAGUUUAGUAAACUUGCUCAAUAUGCCUCAGAUAUGAGUCUGUCUAUUAGCAAGGGAGAGAUCAUACAAACUGAGAGGUUUGUUGCGGUGCAUCAUAGAGAUAGUAGAGGCAGAGGUAGAGGGAGGGGAUAUUCAGAGAUAGCCUCUCAGUAUGAUGUUCGUGCUUCAACGAGAAUUUAUAACGUCAAGACUAAUGAUGAUCGUGAUGACCCAGAGAUCAUAGCAGCGAAAAUGAUGGAAAAAAGUUGUACGACUUUCUUAGAAAAUGUAAUUGACACUCAAACAUCUGAAAUUCGUUUGGAGGAUAUUCCGACAGUUCAAGAAUUUCCAGAUGUAUUUCCUAAUAAUUUACCCGGAUUACCUCCUGAUCAAGAAGUGGAGUUUAAAAUUGAAAUUUUUCCAGGGUAUCAUCAGCUAAAGAUAAAACAGGAAGAUACUCCAAAGAUGACUUUCAGAACUCGAUACGAUAUUUAUGAGUUUGUUGUGAUGCCGUUUGGGCUGACCAAUGCUCCAACAACAUUUAUGGAUUUAAUGAAUCGAGUGUUUUAG